GACGAGCCGGACCAGCUCCUGCUCUGCACCGAGAUCACCUUGAGGAGCAGAGCCUGCGCUGUGCCGCUCCUGACACUAGCCCCGGCACUGCGGAGUGCCGCUGCGGAGCGAUUAAUGAUUACCCCUGCUGCCUGGGCUCCCGCUCCUGCCCUGCCCCGACCGGAGCGAGUGCUGGAGGCUGAGAAGCUGGAGGAUGCUGCUGCUGGCCCUCCUGGCGCUGCUGGGCCCCGCCGGCUGCCCCAGGACUGAGCCCCUGAGCGGGUCCAGCCAGGAGCCCCUCUUCCGCGGGGCGGAUCGCUACGACCUCGGCAUCGGUGCGGCAGGUCCUGCGGUGGGCAACCCUCCGUCACCCUGGUCCUGCGACCAGGCGUAUGUGCGGAAGGAGACCCCGUGGGAUGAAGACCGGGUGCCAGCCGAACUCCAGACCCACCACCCCCAGGGGUUUGCCUUGCAUGGGGAAGCGGGCGUUGGGAACUGCGGGGUUCGUUACUGCGGGUUGCGGGUUUGUUCUUUACGUGUAGCUGGCAGCUCGCUGGAGGUUUUUCCUGGCCUCGGCUCGCAGCAACGAAGGUGGCAGCUCCCCACGGACCCGCUGGGUCCCUGCCCUGCACACGAGGGCUCCCGUGGGUUCCUGCCUGUUUCCUGGGUGCCAAGUCUGGCCCAUGAAUGCCCCUUGGGUGUUUCCUGCCUCCAGGUCCAGCGGGCGACGGGGAUUGCCAACAGCAGGAACAUUCUGGUCACGGCGAGCGACCCCAAUGGCUUCCAGCUUGGUGUUUCCCAGCAUGUGCGAGGACAGAUCAACUUCUUCACCAAAGAGACAGGUUUUUACCAGCUCUGCCUGGACAACCAGCAGAAUCACUUUGGCUUCAUGCAGGUCUAUCUCAACUUCGGUGUCUACUACGAUGGCUUCAGCGUGGAAAACAAGCAGCCGGAAGAGAGGAAAGAGCUGAACACCACCCUGGAGGCAAUCGAGGUCAGCAUCCGGAAGCUGCAGCUCCAGAUCUUCCACAUGUGGAGGUUCUACAACUUCGCCCGGAUGCGGAAAGGGGCUGAUGCCUUUCUCCUGGAGUCCAACUACGACUACGUCAACUGGUGGUCAAUGGCUCAGAGCUGUGUCAUCGUCCUCUCCGGGGUCCUGCAGCUCUACUUCUUGAAGCGCCUCUUCAACGUGCAAACCUCCGGCAGGCAGAAGUGCUAGCAGUGCCCAGAAAUGCGGGCAGGACCCCUGCCUGCAGCGCCUGGUAACCGAACUGCCACCCUGCCCCUUCGCAGAGCAGGAGGGAAGGCCGGAUCCUGCCUGGGGGAUGAGGAAGAGCUCUCCCCGCUCCUGCUCUAGCCCUGCCUCGGCUGAAAUCACCCUGACAGAAGAAAAGCACAAUGCGACCACUUGAGCUUUGUGUGCUGGGGUCAGUUUGUUAAGUCCCUGCCUGUCCUUACGGUGUCCCAAUGGGCCUUUUCUACCAGAAACCCAAUAA